AUGGCUGCCGCUGCUCUUGUACUCCCCGCUGUCCCAAUUACCCCUCCGGAUUACCAUAGAAUAGUUAGCGAUAGACUCAAAAUACCAGAUGACAGGACUCUUCCCAUCCCGGUUGGUUUACUCGCCUGCCAACGUGAUCCAUUGCUCAAGGAGCUUUUAUCCACGGUCGUAAGCUGCAAUGUGCACCAACCAGAACAAUCUCAGACAAAUAACAAGAAGAAGUCAUCAGCUCCUGCAGAGAAACUCUUUGAAGUAAUAUUACAUGAUACGGUCCUAUUUCCUGUAGGUGGCGGGCAGCCAUCGGACAUCGGGAUACUUAGAACUGCAAAUGGAGACGAGUACGAGGUUGUCGAAGUCUUGAGACGCGGAGGACAUGCAGUCCACUUCGUAAAGCCAAAAGACGGGCAGGUUCCUGGAUUAGAAGUAGGCGCCCAGGUUACUGCCGCUCUUGGAGAAGCUGGCUUUAGCAGAAGAUUAGAUCACAUGUGUAUGCACACUUCUCAGCAUCUCCUCUCAGCUUUGCUCGAAUCUGAACUGAAGUUGCCCACACUCUCAUGGGCACUCACGUCGUAUCCCACUCCAUCGUAUGUCGAGCUGCAACGGCCACUUACUCUAGAGGAGGUCGCACGAAUACAGGCCCGUGCUCAUGCGCUUGCAUAUGAGGGUCGCAAAGUCCAUGUUGAAGUCGAGCCUUUAGACUCUGAGAACCAUCCGGGCGUUGUGACACUGAAAAGUGGAAGGUCUGUCGGCAAGGCGCUUCCAAGUGAUUAUACAGGUGGUGUGAAACGUACCAUAAUCAUUGAUGGCGUAGACCGGAAUCCAUGCUGCGGGACUCAUCUCCCUUCAUUGCACAACUUACAAUUGUUCUUACUUCCUCAGACCGAGUCGCUCGCUAGAGGAAGCACGAGUACAUCUCGUCUCUUCUUCCUUUGCGGACCACGAUUGCACGAACAUCUUGCCACGACCCAUGCGCUUCUUACAGAAACUGCAGGAAUAAUGUCCUGUGGUAUCCCGCUAGUACCUGCUCGCGUAUCGCAAGUUAUCGAAGAGCGGAGACGCGUUGACAGGCGUGCGGAGGAGCUCGAGUUUGAGCUUGCACGUGUCGUUGCAGAUGGUUUAUUAAAAGAGAUGCAGACGAGCGAAGCAACGCAUUUCGUUAAGCAUUAUCACCGCACGGAUGAUCCUGCUCGUGCCCUUGGGUUUUUACAGUCCAUCGCAACGUCGUUCAUCGCCGGUGCUUCGAAUACGUCAGACUCCAACCCGUCCUCUCGCUCAUACACGAUUGUAUCCACUUCAACUCCGGCCGAGAAGAGAAGCACAAAUGUAUGUACGGUGCUCGUGCUGGGAUCAGACGAUGCAUGCACAAAGACAGCCGGAGACGCAUUGAAAGCACAGCUCGGCGUGAAGGGUGGUGGUCGAGGUGUGCGCUGGAGUGGGAAAUGGACCGGUGUCUGGAGGGAAACGAAGGAAGGGGCAACUGUUGAAGAGAUUCUUAAGGGUAUCCAGAAUUAG